AUGAAGUUCAGGAGUAAAUUAAUAGCAAUAAUUUAUGGGGUAAUAAUGGGGGGCAUAUGCAGCUGCAGUGCAUCAACAAAAGAAGAUAAAAUAGAAAUACUAAAGAACUUAGCGACAGAUCUAAUGGAACAUCUUGAAGAGAGCGUAAGAGAUACAAAGUCUUCUCUUAUGCAGUCGCAAUUUAUUAUGCAGCCAACUGGAGUGACUGCUAUUAAUUCAUGUGAGGACAGUAAUGGUGCAGAAAUUCUGUGUGCAGACUUAGGUGGCACUAGUCUAAAGCUGGAUAUAUACAAAAAGGAUGCAAACAGCAGAAAACUAUACAAAGUAACAAAGGAUACAGUUAAACACAUAAUACCAAAAACAAAAGAGGAUAUAGGUGAGAGAACCAUCUAUGAAUUUAUGGCAGAGAAAAUAAAUGCAUUUGUUGCAGAGAGGAGAGAGAAAAUUGGCGGUGUGCAUAACAAACCAAUGCAUGGAGCACUUACUUUUUCAUAUCCGCUUGAGAGACAUGGGGAUAAAAUAAAAGUAACACGGUUUACAAAAAAGUUCAAUUGGAAAAGAGUCACCACGGACGAGAGCAUAUCUGAGAUACCACUAGACGAGUUAAACAAGCUGACUGCAGAGCAUGUCAAGUUCAAUGUAAUUGUGAAUGAUACAACUGCGCUAGGCGCCUGGGCAUGUUCAACAUAUGAAGAUGCAAUUGGUGGGUUUGUUUUAGGAACCGGUGUCAAUUGCUCAUAUUUAGAGAAUAUGCAAAUUAUAACAAACGGCACACCUGAAAAUGUGCGUGUAAUUCUGAACACAGAGUGUGGAGGAUUUGAUUUUAAGGGGGUUCACGAUCUUAUGGAUGACAUUGAUAAGGAGUUAGAUGAGCAGGCAGAGAAAGAGAAAGGAGUUUAUCUCUUAGAAAAGAUGGUAGGAGGAUUAUACUUUGAAAAGUACAUAAACCUAUUCUUUACCAAGAAAGUACAGGAGAUGCUAGGCAAUAGUGAAGUAGAGUUAAUUAUGAUAAGAGACUUUAAAAUAAAGAAUAGUGAGCUAUCACCAGAGCAAGUGGCUGAAAACAUAACAAAGUUAUUUAGCGAAACUUUUGUAGAAAAGUCUACUUUAGAUCAAAUAAUUAACUUGACUAAUAACACCAUUGAGAAUACAGUUGACAGAAAGUACAGAAUAUGUGCGGGGCUUUUAGCAGGCAUUAUAUGUAAACACAGAAGAAACAACAAAAACCAGAACACAUACAUAUUUGGAUUAACUGGAUCCGGUUGUAACACAAAGGAAUUCGAAGACCAAGUAAUUAAGUACAUUUUAAUGAUACUAGGUAGUUUGGAAAUAGAAGAAUUAAACAAGAUACAGAUUCAGUUUAAAUUCUCAGAAGAAGCAUCCCUAGAAGGAGGAGCAAGUGCAUUUAUAGACGCAUACUAUGGCAGUACUCUUGCAACACUAAUUUGAUGUAAGAUUAUUCCCUAUAAAAUAUAUCAUGCAUGUAUUAAUAAUUACAUGGAUAUAUAUACUGUCA